GCGCGCCCUUGGACCAUGGCGACCCAGGCGAAGCGCCGGCGGGUGGCAGGGCUUGCGGACAGCGAGGACCCGGCCCCGGUGGCCGGCUUCCUGAGCUGGUGCCGGCGGGUGGGACUGGAGCUGAGUCCCAAGGUGGCGGUGAGCCGGCAGGGCACGGUGGCCGGCUACGGCAUGGUGGCCCGGGAGAGCGUGCAGCCCGGGGAGCUGCUGUUCGCGGUGCCGCGGGCCGCACUCCUGUCGCAGCACACCUGCUCAAUCAGCGGCCUGCUGGAGCGAGAGCGAGGCGCGCUGCAGAGCCAGUCGGGAUGGGUGCCGCUGCUGCUGGCGCUGCUCCACGAGCUGCAGGCCCCGGCCUCGCCCUGGAGCCCCUACUUUGCGCUGUGGCCCGAGCUGGGCCGCUUGGAGCACCCCAUGUUCUGGCCAGAGGAGGAGCGCCGGCGACUGCUGCAGGGCACCGGCGUACCCGAGGCUGUGGAGAAGGAUUUGGCCAGCAUCCGCAGCGAGUAUUAUUCCAUCGUGCUGCCCUUCAUGGAAGCCCACCCCGAUCUUUUCAGCCCCAGGGUGCGCUCUCUGGAACUCUACCGCCAGCUCGUGGCUCUUGUGAUGGCCUACAGCUUUCAGGAACCACUGGAGGAAGAGGAGGAUGAAAAGGAGCCAAACUCCCCUUUGAUGGUGCCUGCUGCAGACGUACUAAACCACUUAGCCAAUCACAAUGCCAAUCUAGAAUACUCUCCAAAUUGUCUUCGGAUGGUGGCCACUCAACCCAUUCCUAAAGGCCAUGAGAUUUUCAACACUUACGGGCAAAUGGCUAACUGGCAGUUGAUUCACAUGUAUGGUUUUGCUGAACCGUAUCCUGACAACACGGAUGACACGGCUGACAUUCAGAUGGUGACGGUUCGUGAAGCAGCGUUACAGGGAACAAAAGUUGAAGCUGAAAGGCUCCUACUGUAUGAACGCUGGGAUUUCUUAUGCAAACUGGAGAUGGUAGGGGAAGAGGGAGCCUUUGUGAUUGGGUGGGAGGAGGUGCUGACAGAAGAGGAACUGGCCAUGACACUCAAGGUACUGUGCAUGCCUGCUGAGGAGUUCAGAGAAUUUAAAGACCAGGAUGGAUGGGGAAAUGAUAAAAGGGAAGAGGACAGCCUGACAAUCACAAAUAUCCCCAAACUCAAAGCAUCAUGGAGACAGCUUCUUCGGGACAGCAUUUUGUUGACCCUGCAAACCUAUGCCACAGACUUAAAAGCUGAGCAAGAUUUACUCAGUAAUAAGGAGGUCUACGCCACACUCAGCUGGAGGGAACAGCAAGCCUUACAGGUUCGUUAUGGUCAGAAGAUGAUCUUACACCAAUUGUUGGAACUGACAAAUUAGCAGGUUCCCUUUUUCCUGAAGGAAUGUCCAGAAGAAGAACUUUCUGCUAAGCUGGUACGCACUGAUGCUUGAAAAGAAGGAUAAUUUGGACCUUUUGUUUUGCAUUUCAUACUAAAUACCAAAAGGAAAAGUAGCAAAACUGUUGUCUAGGAUGAAUUCCAAGGUAAGAGUGACAUGCUGAAGGAAACAGUAGAUGUGGGAACUGCUGCUUAUUGUUAUGAACACUAAUAAAUUUUAUAGCUGUU